GCACUUCAUCAGCAGCAGAUGAUUGAAUUGACAUUCAAGUGACAUUCUACUUUCAUUUUAUCGUAAAAAUCGGUUCGCUCUCGACUUCGGAGGUACAAAUUUUGGCAAAUUUGCAUAGGAAAAAUGUUCUGAAUCCGCUCGAAAGCGAGUGUAUCGGUUGUCCGGAAGUGCUGCGCCCACGGUGCAUAUGAAAACAAUCAAAAUCAACCACGAUUGAAGCUUUAAAUUGUGGAUUUUAUUUGUGGGGGGCGAAAGACCUUCGAAGAAUAAAAGUUUAGUGUUCUUCGUCUGCGAUUUACUUAAAGCGGAGCGACGAGAAGGAACGAAAAAAAAAGUAUAUUGCUAAGACAGAAGUGGUGGUUAGAUUCAACGAUAGAGUUUCACGGUAAUUCGCCAGGAUGAGAAGUCGAAGCAAUUCCGGCGUUCGGCUGGAUUACUACCAGCGGAUCGUUCAUCGGUUGAUAAUGUCCCAUCAGCAGCCGGUUACGGGGCUGUUUCCGGCCAGUCCACAGACGCAGCAUGCAUGGAUCCGAGACAACGUGUACUGCAUUUUGGCGGUGUGGGGUCUCUCGAUGGCGUACAAAAAGAUCGCUGAUCAGGACGAAGAUCGAGCCAAAGCCUACGAGCUAGAACAGUGUUGCGUUAAGCUGAUGCGUGGCCUGUUGAUGGCCAUGAUGAAUCAAAAGGAUAAGGUCGAACAGUUCAAGAUGUCGCAAAACCCGCUCGAUUCGCUGCAUGCCAAGUAUAGCAGCAAGAAUGGACAACCCGUGGUGGGUGAUAGCGAGUGGGGUCACCUGCAGAUCGAUGCCAUCUCGCUGUACCUGCUUAUUUUGGCCCAAAUGACGGCCUCUGGGUUGCAGAUCGUUUUUUCACUGGAUGAAGUUGCAUUCAUCCAGAAUUUGGUGUUCUACAUCGAAUCUGCUUACUGCAUUCCCGACUAUGGGAUUUGGGAGCGUGGUGACAAAUCGAACCACGGUCAGACGGAGUUGAACGCCAGCUCGAUUGGAAUGGCCAAAGCUGCUCUUGAGGCCAUGAAUGAGUUGGAUCUUUUUGGGGCUCGCGGUGGAUCGGCCAGUGUUAUUCAUGUGCUUGCGGAUGAGGCCCACAAGUGUCAAGCUGUGUUGCAAUCGAUGUUGCCCAGAGAAUCGAACAGCAAAGAGCUGGAUGCCGGUUUGCUAUCGGUGGUUGGAUUUCCGGCUUUUGCCUGCGACGAUCCUCAACUGAUUGAGGCAACACAGGAAGCUGUCAUCAAUCGGCUUCAGGGCAAAUACGGUUGUAAGCGAUUUUUGCGAGACGGUUACAAAACACCGAAGGAAGAUAAUUCCCGAUUGUACUACGAACGCUGGGAGCUGCGAAUGUUCGAGAAGAUCGAAUGUGAAUGGCCUCUGUUUUUCUGCUAUUUGAUUUUGAACAAAGAGUUUCAAAAUGACAAGGAGUCCGUUUCGGAAUAUUCCCGGAAAUUGGACGAGAUUCUGGUUAAAACUGAGGAAGGAAUGCGCCUGGUCCCGGAAAUGUAUGCCGUCCCAGCAGAAGCAGUCGGUGCAGAAUAUCAGAGCCCCGGCUCCCAGGAAAGGAUCUACGUUGGAAGAUGUCCCUUCCUUUGGGGCCAAUCGUUGUACAUUCUGGGAAAGUUACUUCAGGAAGGUUUCUUGGCAGUUGGUGAGCUGGAUCCGCUGAACCGUCGCUUGGGUGCUCAGAAGAAACCGGACGUUGUGGUACAGGUUGUGAUCUUGGCCGAAGAUAACGACAUUCGAGAUAAACUGGCCGAGCAUGGCAUCCACGUUCAAACUAUUGGUGAUGUUGCCCCCAUCGAGGUACAACCUGCUCGAGUUCUGAGCCAUCUGUACACCUAUCUGGGUCGCAACAAGAAACUCGGACUAUCCGGCCGUAAAUCUCGGGACGUUGGCAUUCUCAGCACCAGCAAGCUGUACUCCCUCAAGGAUCGCAUCUUUGCCUUCACUCCUCAGAUCUUUGAUCAUGACGAGUACUACACCUCGCGCGAUCCGGCCCUGCUGGUCAGCAAUUUCAUGGACGUACUCGCCUUCCUCAGCAUCAGCUGGCGCCAUCUGCUGGGCCGGCCGACGAUCACACUGACCGCCACCCACUGGCUCAUAGACAACAAUAAAGUUCCACUGGCCAUGAUUCAGACCAUGAAGAAGCUGAAAUCAGGUUACAUCAAUGGGACCCGAGUAAUCCUGGGCAACCUGGGCGACUUCAUCAACACCUCGGCCAUCACCGACUUAAGCUUCCUCGGAAGCCAGGAAGACGGUUAUCCGGAUAAACUCAACCCUCAAGUGCAAUCGUAUCUGGAUGAGCAUCUGCUGCGGUCCUUCAGCCACCGCCAUUCGACUACCUCGAUUCGGUCGUCCGGUUUGAAGCCGAAAAACCUACGUCGCCGUAUGUCGGUCAAGGGUGCCAUCAAGAAAACACGCUCGAUCAAUGUUGACUCCGAAACACUUGGCAUGGAGGGUAACGUAACCGAGCGUCGAUUGUCCUACUCGGUGACGCCUCAGUGGUUGGAACCUAAUCAGAGUAGCGUCACCGGAGGCCAGGCCGUAUCGCGAGAUCCAUCGCCCAAUCAGAUGAGCCGUUAUACCGAUCAACGUGUUUCGAUCGAUGAAAACAAGAAGUUGCACAUCCAAACAUCGGCAACCACAGCCACUCCGAAGAUUCAAAUUCAACCACUGCCCCGACAUCGCCCGGCAGCCGAGACUAACUUCGAGAAUGCCGAGGUCGAAGAGUUGCUGGCCAUGCUGCGCGAAACGGAGAACCUCGAGGAGCAGGGCGAUAUCCUGCAGCAUCUGGUCGAUACCCAGGGGCUGGACUUCAACACAGAACUCGGAGGUCCUAAUGACGAUUCCCAAUCCCAAGGCAUGCUAGAGGAGGGUCGCAUUGUUACGGUGCGCGGACUGUUGAAGGGUCUGUACGAGAAGGCCUGCCAGCAGAAGAUGUGGGGCCUGGUUCGCCAUACGGCAGGUAUGCUGGGCAAGCGCGUCGAGGAUUUGGCCAAAGCUGUUACCGAUCUGUUGGUGCGACAGAAACAGGUAACCGUUGGAAUGCCACCGAACAGUGAGUACACCAUAACGGCACCGCUGCCGGAGGCUGAACUCCGUACGCUGAUCCAUGAGGCUUACGGCGACGACGAGAGUACUGCUAUGUUAACCCAGGAAUUGCUAGUAUAUUUAGCCAUGUUCAUCCGUACGGAACCGCAGCUGUUCCACGAAAUGUUGAGGCUACGCGUGGGUCUCAUUAUCCAGGUGAUGGCCAAGGAACUGUCCCGUACGCUGAACUGUGACGGUGAACAGGCUUCCGAACAUUUGUUGAAUCUUUCUCCUUUCGAGAUGAAAAAUUUGCUGCAUCAUAUUCUAAGCGGUAAGGAAUUUGCCAUUAACAGUGUUGCCAGAGGAAACAUCUCCAUUGUCAGCUGCAAGUCUAGCCGUGUUAGCAAGAAGAGUCAGAUCGGCCUGGGCAAAGAACCCGAUGAGUCCGAGAAUACUAUGAUUGAUGAUCGUCAGGGCCAGUGGCUGAGACGUCGACGCCUGGAUGGUGCUCUUAAUCGAGUGCCUCGAGAUUUCUAUCCACGAGUUUGGACCGUGCUGGAACGAUGCCAAGGAUUAGCCAUCGAGGGACGUAUCCUACCGCAAAGUCUUACCCAAGAAAUGACCCCCAACGAGCUCAAAUUUGCACUGGAAGUCGAAACGGCCCUCAACACUAUCCCGCAACCGGAGUACCGUCAGCUGGUCGUCGAAGCUUUGAUGGUUUUAACUUUGGUCACGGAGCACAACAUUAUCGCUUCCCUUGGGGAGAUUAUCUACGUAGAGCACCUGGUGCACAAAGCCAAUAUGUUGUUCCUAGAGGAUCAGCGCAAAACAAAGGGCGAUGCCAUGUUGUGCUGUGCCAAAAAUAAGGACAUCCGGGAGACCACGACGGCGGGACUUUUACUUUGUGGAGGAGCUGCCUACAUUUGCCAGCAUCUGUACGACAGUGCCCCCAGCGGAAGUUUCGGUACGAUGACCUACAUAGCCCGAGCAGUGGCUUCCGUGCUCGAGGGACUGCCCAAACAAGGCGAUAUGGAUUGCACCAUCUGCUAAACCGCAAAAGAUUUAGAUAAUCCACAGAGGGAUCUAAGGAUACUGUUUCGAAUCUAUACACUGUAGAUUGUAGGUCUUGUUGAUGAGUAUUCUUCGUUGCCCUAGUAUCGAUGUGUUAUGCUUGCGGAAGCCUAUCUGGAACAAAUUAUGCGUUAGCCAUUCACUAGACAGCUAGCUAGAAAACUCUCUUAUACACAAAAGAAGAAGAAAUAACUUAAAAACCGGUGGUCAUGACAAAAAGCAACGCCAAUCCGACCUUAGUUCUUCCGUUUUUUUUUUAAACAUCGAAUCGUUUCUAGUUUUUAAAGUGUUUUCUAAGUGAAAGUUUCUCUUUUUGUUAAACACAUACUAUAAGACCAUCAAAACAUACGACAAGUAUUGUUUCCAAGCUAUCUUACUAGGUUACUUAUAGCCCCGAAAUACUUGCCCUCCUUGAUUGUCUCCCUUGUCUAUUCUAUAACACCAUGAGAGGAUCAAACGAAUCGAAUCGAUAUAGGAAUAGCCCCGCCCUGAAGAGUCCAAAACCUCUGGGAAGAUACAUAUAUUUGUUGACUUAUAUACCUAAUAGAUUCUGAUUAUUAUAGGUAAUUAUUGCCAGAGAAAUAAUGAAGAAAGUAUACAAAGCAAUCAAUGUUAGUAGUGCUAAAUUA